GCGCGUAGUGAACUACAGCUCCCGCUGCGGGGCUUGCAGCUACAGCUGGGGCUGCGGGGCAGACCUGCGGCACCUGGAGACAUCAGCACCGUGUCUGCAUCGGAGAAGGAGGGCGUCUGUCUCCCAGUCCCCGUCACAGCAUCAUGACUCUCCAGGCUGACUUUGAUGGUGCUGCAGAAGAUGUAAAAAAAUUAAAAACAAGACCAACUGAUGAUGAACUGAAGGAACUAUAUGGAUUCUACAAACAGGCUACUGUUGGAGACAUUAAUAUUGAAUGUCCAGGAAUGCUAGAUUUGAAAGGCAAAGCCAAAUGGGAAGCAUGGAACCUGAAAAAAGGUUUAUCAAAGGAAGACGCCAUGGAUGCCUAUAUUUCUAAAGCAAAAGCAAUGGUAGAGAAGUAUGGGAUCUAGAAUACUCGAAAUAAUUCCCACUAAUAACUAACUCUUCAGUAGCUAAUGAACUAACUUUUCUAAGAAAGUGCAGUACUAACCUCUUUAUUGUGUAGUCUGACACAAAAAUCUUUUAAGCAUGAGCUGUUUGACCCUAAAGGGUAUUUACAUGCGUACUGUAUUUUAGACUGUAUCUGUACUUAUUCAAAAUAAAUUUGUACCUAUUCAGUUAA